GAAAAGGAACCCGCUGAGCGUAAAGCCGAUAAAGGUUCAAAAUUGAUUAUCGAUUUGAAUUGAAUUUUUCCCCCUCCUCACCCAGCCUGCACUCCUCGUUUGUUUCCAUUGCAAAAAGCUUCUAGACUGUUUUAUGUUGCUCCUCAUAAUCUUCUUCUAAUUAAGGAUCCUCCCCUCCCGAAAAUCUCUCCGUCCAUUUUUUGUGUGAAAAACAGCCCCCGUUCAAAUGGCCACCAAAUCUGUAAGUCCCACAAAAACCAUCGUUGCCGCCGUUAGCGAUUUAAUGGAAGAAUCUCGUAAAUUUAAAGAAAAUCUAGAAAUACAAAAACAGGCCAACAAGGAUCAUGGCCUCAGCAUAUAUGCCGAACCUCCCUCACGCACACCACUCUCCACUUCGAUAAACACCCUACAAGUUCCACAAAUGAAAAAAUUACCAAGUGCCGAACCCAUGCCAGAUGCCCAAUUGCUGGAGGGGACCGCUCAACGUCAACCCAAAUUGGGCGUCUCGCGGUCUCAGGAUGAUGAUAAGGAAAUGGACGAAGAGCAGACAUAUGGACGGGUUACCCCCAUUUCCUAUGCCUCGGCAAUUGCUGGGGUACCACCACCCGCACCCUCUGCCCGCAGCAGUGGCCUGAGUUCGGUGGGGGCCUCAAGGGCAACUAAUUUUCGCAUGAAAUUUCGCAAAAGCCAUACCUGUGGCAGUCUCUUCGCGAAAUGUAACUGUGCUGAGGUAACCACGAUGACAACAACGACAACGCCAGCCAUGCGACCCGCAAAUCCCCCCAUCCGAACGGGACAAAUCACCAACUCACGUGCCAUAUCAAUUGAUAAGAAUUUAAAUGCCGCCACAACAACGGCAACCGUACAUAAUUACCAGCCCCCGCAGCAGCAAUGUAUGCAUCUAUCGAUAUCACCCUCCUCCAAUACGGACACCUCCCUCGCCUCAUCCCUCUCCGAUGCGGCGGGCAACAAACUAACCAGCUCGGGUAUCUAUUCUCUGUCCACACAAACAUCAUCCGCCACCUCAGCUUAUCUGUCGCGCGAAGAGAGUCUUACGGCAAGCUUUGAUACUCAUCUACUCUCACCCUCUUCAGCCACAGAGAUGUCUAGCGCUGGCGAAACUGGCAAAAGCUCAGCCGCAGUGCCAGCAACAAAUUCGAGUUCUUCAACGCUUGCCAAACAAGCCAUUAGUCCCGAUACAGAGCUCGCGUCGUUAGCACGUUCUAAAGGCCAGCCAAUACCGCGAAUCUCUUCACCGCCAACGGUCUUCGACAAUUCAGUCUCGUCGUCCAGAUCAUCGCCGCUCACAGUGGUGUCGCGUAAAUCGGACGCUGUACAAAAAUCGAAAAAACUUUUCCAAUCCUAUUCUCAUCCCGAUACCGAUUUCAUUUUCACCGAUGAAAACAAACAUCCCUCGAGGGAGUCGCUACAACAUCUCCUGAGUCCACAACAACAGAGUCAAGAAACCAUCAUCACCUCCCGAGGGGGUCGUGUUGAAAUAAAACAACCCAAAAGAUCUUCCUCGCCAAAUAUUGGCCACUAUCAGGUCUUGGAUGUUGCUGUGCAUCCGGAUAUUCUGGUGAAGAUUUCCCCCAAACAUUCACCCCUCUGUGAACCGCGACGGCCACACGAAUCACCCUUGGCCGCCAGGUCAACUCAGCAAAGGCGAAGGCUACUGCAACGUUCCCAUGAAAUUGAUUCGGGUGGAUCAACAUCUGAAUCGGAAAAAUCGGUAGAAGUUAAAUCGCCCACGGACCUAAAGUCGCCACUUAGUGGGAAGACCCAACUGGCAAGUCCUUUGCUGGCCUCAAAACGUCUGCCCCUACAGGGCUCGGUGUCCUCAUCGACCUCGGAUGAUUCUUCAUUUAAUGCUGCUCAAAAAUAUUUUGCUGAAAGUGGGAUAUUGGGACCGGUGCCCAGUUCAGCAACCAGUUUGAUAAGGAAGACAUCGAAGAUAUUGCAGGACUCAAAUGUCAUUGAACAGAUCCGUAAAACGUCAAUGAUUCUACGUUCGAAUACGGUUGGCAAUACUGGAAACAUUAAUCAAAAUAUCGCAAUCAAUGCAAGUGUAAUGCCAAAGACAAACAACAGCAACAACACCAGCAACGGGGCCACAAACUACAACAACAACAGCAACACUACGGCAUCCUCACCCACGCUAACAUUAAAAUUGCACAGCAAUGCCAGCGGUAGUGGCGGGGCAAUGAUAAGCAGCACUACUUCCAUCCAACCGGGUCUUAUCUAUUCACCGCCCUCACCCCAGUCACCGCACACAAUGGCCACGAAGUGUGGUUUCAGUCCGAAUGUCACGACCCAAAGUUGCAGUGUCAUCGAUGACAAGGAUGCACAAAUCAAAAGCUUGCAGGGUGAAAUUGUUUCGCUGAAGGAUGUGAUCAAAUCGAGAGAUGCUGAGAUUGUCAAACUGCGACGGGAGAUACACAAGUUGAAGGAACAAAUAGAUUCUAAACAAUUUAGUGGAGAAAUUAAGAGCGUUCUGCAACAGACCACAAAUCCCAUACCAUUGGCCCAUGAUGAGCUACUCCAGCCGCCCUCGCCCACGGUGCAUCGUUCCUUUAUUGUCCCACAGCCCAUACAGUGCAGCGACAUUAGCAGUACCCAUGAACGCUUGUGUGAGAAAUGCAGAAAACUAUUGGAUCCACGGAUCCCUGUCAUACCCGAAAUAGCUCCACAAACUCCAGCGACAGCGUCGACAGAUACCAAAGUCUCUUCGGACAGCAAUGGCAGUUCCGUUGACUCUUCCAUUUCGGAACAAUAUCAAUCGUGUCAAUCGCGCUCAGCUUCCACUGGUACAACUUCUGAAACCUGGACACCGGCUGAACGUAAUCCAGAGGAAUCCAAAGAUUCCCCGAAGGCAGAAAAUCCCGAAACAAACGGCGGUGCUGCAGGUGGUGCCGUAAAAAAUAAAAUCUUAGCUUUAGCUUCUAGCCAGCCGGUGCUCAAGAAACAGGGUGUAUCGGGUGAAAGUUGUGAGACUUCAAUGCAGCAGAAUAUCAAUGUACCCAUACCGAAGUAUGACAAGGAUUUUGCCAGUAAACAGCUAAUCAAGGAUGCCAUCAUGGACAAUGAUUUCCUCAAAAACAUUGACGCCUCGCAGGUACGAGAGCUUGUUGAUUCGAUGUAUUCCGUAAGCAUUCCAAAGGGUAAAUUUGUGAUACGUGAAGGAGAGGUGGGUGCGCAUCUCUAUGUUUCGGCAGAGGGUGAAUUUGAGGUGGAAAAGAAUGGCAAAGUGUUGGGCGUUAUGGGUCCCGGCAAGGCUUUCGGAGAACUGGCCAUACUCUAUAACUGCACGCGCACAGCUUCGGUGCGGGUGCUAUCCGAUGCCAGAGUUUGGGUUUUGGAUCGUCGUAUUUUCCAACAGAUCAUGAUGCGUACCGGCAUGCAACGCAUUGAGAACAGUGUUAAUUUCCUGAAGUCCGUUCCCCUGCUCAAGAAUCUCAGCGAGGAGAUUCUAGCCAAAAUUGCCGAUGUCUUGGAGGUGGAAUUUUAUCCCGCAGGGACCUACAUCAUACGCCAGGGAGCCAGCGGCGAUACCUUCUUCCUCAUCUCCCAAGGCUCAGUGAAGGUGACACAGAAACUUACUCCUGCCGGUGAGGAGAAGGAGAUACGCACCCUGGAGCGUGGUGAUUAUUUUGGCGAGCAAGCUUUGAUCAACGAAGACAAGCGCACGGCCAACAUCAUUGCCAUGGCUCCGGGUGUUGAAUGCCUGACUCUGGAUAGAGAUUCAUUUACCCAUUUAAUUGGUGACCUCUGCGAACUGAAGGAGAAAAACUAUGGCGAUGAAAAUCGUGUCUUGGCCAUGAAACAUGCCGAGAAAACGAAGGAGAUAUUUGGCGCUAAUGUUCAGCAAGAAUUCCCCGAUCUGCAGCUGACCGAUUUGGAGGUCAUUGCCACCUUGGGUAUUGGUGGUUUUGGGCGAGUGGAACUGGUCAAGGCCUAUCACCAAGACCGUGUGGACACAUUUGCCCUCAAGUGUCUCAAGAAACGGCACAUUGUCGAUACCAAACAGGAAGAGCAUGUCUUCUCUGAGCGAACGAUUAUGCUGACCUGCAACUCACCAUUUAUAUGCCGUCUCUAUCGGACAUUCCGUGAUGAAAAAUACGUGUAUAUGCUGCUCGAGGCCUGUAUGGGUGGUGAAAUUUGGACAAUGCUAAGGGAUCGCGGUUGUUUCGAUGAAAACGCUGCCCAGUUUAUAAUCGGCUGCGUGCUGCAGGCAUUUGAGUAUUUGCAUUCGAAGGGUAUUAUCUAUAGGGAUUUGAAGCCGGAGAAUUUGAUGUUGGACGAGAGGGGGUAUGUGAAGUUGGUGGACUUUGGCUUUGCCAAAUACAUUGGCAAUAGCUGUAAAACCUGGACAUUUUGUGGUACCCCGGAAUAUGUGGCCCCUGAAAUUAUAUUGAAUAAGGGUCAUGAUCGGGCUGUGGAUUAUUGGGCCUUGGGUAUUUUGAUUCAUGAGCUGUUGAAUGGAACACCACCCUUUGCCGCCAAUGAUCCCAUGAAGACCUAUAACAUCAUCCUCAAGGGCAUUGAUAUGAUUGACUUUCCCAAGCGCAUGUCCCGCUCAGCGGUGCAGCUAAUAAAGAAGUUAUGUCGUGAUGUCCCUGCCGAACGUUUGGGCUAUCAAAAGGGUGGCAUACAAGAUAUCAAAAAACAUAAAUGGUUCCUGGGCUUUGAUUGGGAUGGCUUGCAGGACCAGCUGCUCAUACCACCCUUUGUGCGACCCAUUGCCCAUCCCACAGACACCUGCUACUUUGAUAAGUUCCCCUGUGAUCCAAAUGAGCCACCAGAUGAACUAUCCGGUUGGGAUGCCGAUUUUUAAAAUAGACCAAUUGACCAGUUAUCCCACCCCAGUUUGAGGGGGGUCCUAAGUGCCUUUAUUGCCUUUUGUUGUGAAUGGGAAUCAAAUAUAAUUUUUUUAAGGAAAUAAUUUUAAGUCUUAUCCAAGGGGCCAGGGGGAAAAUAUCAACAUGGGUUGGAGCCUUCACUCAAAUCCCAAGAGAGGAAGAGAAGAAAAAUUUCCCCCUGCUCCUAUCGAACAUUUUUCGCUUGCUUUAGGUGUUAGUCUUAAGCCAUAUGGAGAGUAGGAAACAUAGUUUAGCUCAAAAUAAAAUUUUAGUUAAUUUUUUUUUAAGGAAAUAUUUGCUCUUUACAUUCUAAGGAAGUGCCUUUGAUCCAAAAACAGAAA